AUGUCGGAUAUCCUUAGUACAGUAGAUGUCGAGAAAAAUGACAGAGGCAGCGAUUAUACCCAUUUGACCAACAGCAGCAUCCAGACCUUCGGAUUUGAGGGCGUCACCGUUACCGUCAACGACCGGACGACGAAGCAACCGAAGGAAAUUCUAUCUGGCGUUAAUGGCAUGGUCGAAGCAGAAGGGGAAAUGCUGGCGCUGAUGGGCCCGAGUGGCUCCGGAAAGACCACCCUACUCAACGUUCUGGCUCACCGCGAAGCUAUGUCUAAGGCCACUAAAGGGCUCUAUAUCAACGGCAAAGAAACAAAGUUGAAGGACUUCCAAAAGAUCAGCUCCUACGUAGAGCAGGAGGAUGCUCUGGUGGGAUCUGAUACCGUGAAGGAAACUCUAUACUUUGCCGCAAAGCUGGCGCUUCCUAGUUCCAUUAUCAAGAUCGAGCGGAUAAUGAAAAUCAUUGCACUCGUUACUGCAUUCGGUCUUCAAGGCCAGGCAGAGACGAUCAUCGGAACACCGAUCCAAAAAGGCCCAAGUGGCGGGCAGAAGCGGCGUGUCAGUGUUGCCAGCCAGCUAAUUACGAGUCCAAAGCUGCUCUUCCUCGAUGAACCUACGAGCGGCCUUGACUCCGCGGCCAACUACGAGGUCAUAUCUUUGGUGAAGGCCCUCGCCAAAAAGCGCAAUAUAGGGCUCUAUCUCAACAAAUUCUAUAUCCAAGCCCACGUUAAUGUUGAUCGCAGCUUCUUGUCAUUGUAA